AUGGAUAUAUGGAAUAGUUGGUGGGUUUUGCAAACUAUGCAGUUGCUGGGUUUGUUUAGUUUUUGGAUUUCAUUUGCAAAGUUUAGGACUUUAUUCUCAAGAGCUUUUGGUUAUGGUCACAAAAUUGUGAAGGGUGAUAGCAGUGCCUGGAUCUUUGUUUCCCUCAAUGGGAUGGUCACAGUUGGUUCUUUCUUAUUCUUCCUCUUGGUCAUUUCCUGGGCUUAUUUUUUUGCGUUUCCCACUUCUCCCUCUGUAAUUAAGAGUUAUGAGACUUCCAACAGUUCUCACUCACCUGUUCAGAGUCAUGAGAUUCCCAACCGUUCUCACUCCUUUGUUCAGAGUCAUGAUAUUCCCAAUAGCUCUCACUCUUUUGCUCAGAGCUAUGAUGAGAUUUUAAAAUCCAAUGUUUCAAUGGACAAAUGCAAUGUGUUUGAAGGAAGUUGGGUAAGGGAUGAUAGCUACCCUUUGUAUGAUGCUUCUCACUGCCCCUUUGCAGAAAGGGGUUUUAAUUGCCUUGCUAAUGGGAGAAAAGAUAGAGGUUACACAAAAUGGAGGUGGAAGCCUAAGAACUGUGAGAUUCCAAAGUUUGAUGCCCGUAGAAUACUAGAACAACUUCGUGGGAAAAGAGUGGUUUUUGUCGGUGAUUCGUUGAGUAGGACGCAAUGGGAGUCCAUGAUAUGUUUGUUAAUGACAGGAGUUGAGAAUAAGAAGAGUGUCUAUGAAAUCAAAGGCAGCAAGAUCACAAAACAGAUAAGGUUUUUAGGUGUAAGGUUUAGUACUUUCGAUGUUAGAAUUGAUUUUUAUCGAUCGGUCUUCCUGGUGAAGCCUGGUUCUGUGCCUAGACAUGCACCCCAAAGGGUGAAGACUACACUGAGAUUGGACAAGAUUGAUGAUAUUAGCCAUGAGUGGAUUGAUUCUGACGUUCUUAUAUUCAAUUCAGGUCACUGGUGGACACGGACUAAGCUUUUUGACAUGGGGUGGUAUUUUCAGGUUGGUAACUCGCUAAAACUUGGAAUGCCAAUUAAUUCUGGUUUCAAAACAGCUUUGCUCACCUGGGCAUCUUGGAUAGAGAAUACAAUCAAUAAAAACAGGACAAGAGUUUUCUUCCGCACCUUUGAAUCAUCUCAUUGGAGUGGACAGAACCAUAAUUCUUGCAAAGUGACUCAAAAGCCUUGGAAGAGAACUAAUGGCAGGGAGAGAAGCCCAAUUUCAGAUAUGAUCAAGAAAGUUGUGAACAACAUGAGUGGUCCUGUGACAGUUCUCCAUGUUACACCAAUGACUGCAUAUAGAAGUGAUGGGCACGUGGGGACUUGGAGUGACAAGCCAUCUGUGCCCGAUUGUAGCCAUUGGUGCUUACCUGGUGUUCCUGAUAUGUGGAACGAAAUUCUCCUCUCAUAUUUGCUACCAAAAGAAGAGGCAAAUUAA